AGAGUUGAACUUGCCUCUGGUGUUACUGAUGCUUUGUCAGUCUGACUCGUGGUUACUGUCUCUUUUGUUUCAGGUGACACUGAGCUUGGUUUCUCAGUACUGUAAAGUGAUGAAGCUGGAGUAACAGCAGUUUUUGAAGUAUCACUUGUUUCAGUUUCACCUGAUACUGCCACUGAUGGAGACCCUGUACUCAGCAUUGAAGAGACAGUGGUUGCUGUGAUGAGUGACUCUUCAGCGAGCACCUCAGUGCCAUCUCCAGAACCCUCUCCUCUUGUGGUCAUGAGGAAUGAUGCUGUUUCAGGACUCAAGGUUGCUCCACUGAUGGAAGGAAUGGACUCCACCAUUGUAGACCUACUGCUGGUAACAUCAUCCUCAGUGUCUGUGACAACAGAUAUAAUGGAGGCCAAACUUGGAGACACUGUUGUUGAGCUUGUCAGUGUCUCAACAGAGAUUGAAGAAACUGAUGGUUCUCCUGUAAUUGAUGGAACUUUUGUCUUAUCUGUUUCAAGACUUUCUGUUAUUCCAGGUGACAUUGCUGUUGGUGCUUCAGUACUGAAGAGAGAGGAUGUACCUGUGACUGAAGAGGUAGGAGUGUCAGGGGUUUGGUCACCAGAGCCAAUUUCAUCUACUGGAGUCAAAAUGGAACUUUGCUCUGUCUCAUCAGGAAUGGACUCCACCAUUGUAGACCUACUGCUGGUAACAUCAUCCUCAGUGUCUGUGACAACAGAUAUAAUGGAGGCCAAACUUGGAGACACUGUUGUUGAGCUUGUCAGUGUCUCAACAGAGAUUGAAGAAACUGAUGGUUCUCCUGUAAUUGAUGGAACUUUUGUCUUAUCUGUUUCAAGACUUUCUGUUAUUCCAGGUGACAUUGCUGUUGGUGCUUCAGUACUGAAGAGAGAGGAUGUACCUGUGACUGAAGAGGUAGGAGUGUCAGGGGUUUGGUCACCAGAGCCAAUUUCAUCUACUGGAGUCAAAAUGGAACUUUGCUCUGUCUCAUCAGGAAUGGACUCCACCAUUGUAGACCUACUGCUGGUAACAUCAUCCUCAGUGUCUGUGACAACAGAUAUAAUGGAGGCCAAACUUGGAGACACUGUUGUUGAGCUUGUCAGUGUCUCAACAGAGAUUGAAGAAACUGAUGGUUCUCCUGUAAUUGAUGGAACUUUUGUCUUAUCUGUUUCAAGACUUUCUGUUAUUCCAGGUGACAUUGCUGUUGGUGCUUCAGUACUGAAGAGAGAGGAUGUACCUGUGACUGAAGAGGUAGGAGUGUCAGGGGUUUGGUCACCAGAGCCAAUUUCAUCUACUGGAGUCAAAAUGGAACUUUGCUCUGUCUCAUCAGGAAUGGACUCCACCAUUGUAGACCUACUGCUGGUAACAUCAUCCUCAGUGUCUGUGACAACAGAUAUAAUGGAGGCCAAACUUGGAGACACUGUUGUUGAGCUUGUCAGUGUCUCAACAGAGAUUGAAGAAACUGAUGGUUCUCCUGUAAUUGAUGGAACUUUUGUCUUAUCUGUUUCAAGACUUUCUGUUAUUCCAGGUGACAUUGCUGUUGGUGCUUCAGUACUGAAGAGAGAGGAUGUACCUGUGACUGAAGAGGUAGGAGUGUCAGGGGUUUGGUCACCAGAGCCAAUUUCAUCUACUGGAGUCAAAAUGGAACUUUGCUCUGUCUCAUCAGUAAUGGACGACACUGAGGACCUCUCUGUCUGAUCUGUGACAGCACUGUCUUCUUCCUCAACUGGUGGUACUGUUGGCUUCUCAGUGCUAAACAACGAGGAAGCUGUAGGAGCUGUUGCAUCUUUGCUGGACACCUCAGUCUCCGCAACUGAGCUCUCUUCAUGUGUUGUUCCUAAAGUUGAACUUGCCUCUGGUGUUACUGAUGCUUUGUCAGUCUGACUCGUGGUUACUGUCUCUUUUGUUUCAGGUGACACUGAGCUUGGUUUCUCAGUACUGUAAAGUGAUGAAGCUGGAGUAACAGCAGUUUUUGAAGUAUCACUUGUUUCAGUUUCACCUGAUACUGCCACUGAUGGAGACCCUGUACUCAGCAUUGAAGAGACAGUGGUUGCUGUGAUGAGUGACUCUUCAGCGAGCACCUCAGUGCCAUCUCCAGAACCCUCUCCUCUUGUGGUCAUGAGGAAUGAUGCUGUUUCAGGACUCAAGGUUGCUCCACUGAUGGAAGGAAUGGACUCCACCAUUGUAGACCUACUGCUGGUAACAUCAUCCUCAGUGUCUGUGACAACAGAUAUAAUGGAGGCCAAACUUGGAGACACUGUUGUUGAGCUUGUCAGUGUCUCAACAGAGAUUGAAGAAACUGAUGGUUCUCCUGUAAUUGAUGGAACUUUUGUCUUAUCUGUUUCAAGACUUUCUGUCAUUCCAGGUGACAUUGCUGUUGGUGCUUCAGUACUGAAUAGAGAGGAUGUACCUGUGACUGAAGAGGUAGGAGUGUCAGGGGUUUGGUCACCAGAGCCAAU